CUUACAAAGAUUUAUUUCGCUUGCAUGUCAAAACACAGUAAACUAUAAACUUUGUAAUAUCUUUUUGAUUUAUUACACACUCCCAUUGCUAAACUCACUCCUUUGCUAUUGCUAUUGUCCAAGAUGUCGUUUGAUCAAAAGGAAAUGUUUAGUCUGAUGUAUAAGCUGGCUCGUCUUACGCAGAAGGACACCCGAGUCGAGCAUGAUUCGUUGGGUCCAGUGAAUGUGCCCUUAGAUCGGCUCUACGGCUCGCAAACAAUGCGUUCCUUGACAAUGUUCCCCAUUGGUGGAGUCGAGGAGCGCAUGCCACGUGCUAUCAUCAUAGCUUUGGGCAUCAUUAAGAAAGCUUGCGCAGAAGUCAAUCGGGAAUUCGGUCUGGAGACCGAGAUAAGCGACGCCAUUGUCAAGGCAGCCGAAGAGAUCGUCUCCGGUAAACUAUACGAUGAGGAGCACUUUCCGUUGGCCAUUUGGCAGACAGGAUGCGGCGCUCACACCAACGAAAAUGUGAAUGAGGUGAUUAGCAAUCGGGCCAUUGAAUUGCUGGGCGGACAAAUCGGCAGUAAGGAUCCAGUGGAUCCACAUACACAUGUUAACAUGGGACACAGUACCAACGAUAGCUACUCCUCGGCCAUCAACAUUGCUGUAGCAAUGCAGCUACAGGAGAAACUUUUUCCAGCGCUACGACUGACCAUCGAUAUUUUGGCCAAGAAGUCGGAGAUGUGGAAGGAUAUCAUCAAGAUUGGACGCACGCAUCUCAUGGAUGCAGUGCCAUUAACACUGGGCCAAGAGUUCAGUGGCUAUCGCCAAAUGAUGACCAAUUGCUUUACGCGAUUGAACUCGGCUCUCCCGAACUUGUAUCAAUUGUCGCUCGGUGGAACCAUGGUGGGCACAGGUCUACUCAGUCCCGAGGAUUUCGGUCCACGUUGUAUCAAACGUAUUGCAGAUAUCACAAGUCUGCCCUUUGUGUCGGCUACUAAUUUGUUUGAGGCGAUUGGUUCACGGGAUUGCCUCGUCGAGCUCCACGGCGAACUCAACUCAAUUGCUGUGAGUCUCAUGAAGAUCGCCAAUGACAUUCGUUUCAUGGGUUCGGGUCCUCGUUGUGGACUAGGCGAGCUUAGCCUGCCGGAGAAUGAACCGGGCAGCUCGAUUAUGCCGGGGAAAGUUAAUCCCACGCAGUGUGAAGCCAUUACUAUGAUCUGUGCUCAGGUUAUGGGCAAUCAGGUGGCUGUCUCCGUGGGUGGCUACAAUGGACACUUUCAGCUGAAUGCCUUCAUGCCACUAAUAGCCUCAAAUGUGCUGCGUUCCAUCAAUCUGUUGAGUGACGGUCUGCAUACUUUCUGCAACAAUUGCCUUGAUGGCCUUCGGCCGAAUAUGGAGAAAAUCAAUAAGAUCAUGAGUGAAUCUCUGAUGCUGGUCACUGCUCUCAGCCCAUUCAUUGGCUACGAUCGAGCUGCCGCCAUCGCCAAGUCGGCACAUCAAAAUGGCACCACUUUGAAGCAGGAGUCAGUACGAGCUGGCAUUGUGGAGAAAGACUUUGAUCAAUGGGUUAAUCCGGCAAAAAUGCUAGGACCCACAUAGAAAAUAUAGCUACUCUUACUAUAUACAAUCAAAUAAAUAAAAU